GCAUUAUCGCUCGCGCUGAACUCCAAAUUCUAAACCCUAAAUCAUAGCUAGUAAUAAUUAGUAUUUCAUCGUCAGUCAUGGCUAACGUCAAGCUCAUUUCCCUCCUCCUCGUAGCUUCCUUCGCCAUCAUCAUCCAAACCGCCAUCUCCGGCGACCCCGACAUCCUCACCGACUUCAUCGCCCCUCCAAACGCCACCGUCGACGGCUCGUUCUUCACCUUCACCGGCUUCGGCUUGCUGGUCAACGGGACCCAGCUCCCGGCCGACAAGUUCAAAGUAGUGAAGGCCACCAUGGCCGAGUUCCCGGCCCUCAACGGCCAGAGCGUCUCCUACGCCACGCUCCUCUUCCCCAAUGGGACCGCCAACCCUCCCCACACCACCCACGCGCCGCCGAGCUCCUCUUCGUCGUCGACGGCGAGCUCCAGCGCCGGCACGGUGUCGCUUCCCGGUACGCUGUUCGCCACCGGCAUCGACGACGCCGUCUUGGCCAAGUCGUUCAAGACGGAUGUUGGUGUCAUUCAGAAGCUCAAGGCUGGCCUUGCCGUCAAGCCCUAAUUAAUAUGUCUAAAAAUAAUUUUAUACGUGGAAUGUGCUGCAGUGAUUUUCUGCCAUUUUGUGUUUGCUUUAUUCUGAUCCGAUUAUGAAUGAAUAAACCACCGGAGU